CACAAGUGCUAGUACGUCUCUCUCUCUCUCUCUCUCUCUCUCUAACACACACGCACCCACUCACUCACAGAAACGUCACUUCAAGAGGUUCGUGUCUUUGUGAAGCCAAUUCUGAUCAUCUACUCGGUUAUCUUCCCUUUCCACGGUUUCGAAUUCCGGUGAGGGAUGGGAAAUAAGCGCGUUAUGGUGCCAGCGGACGAGGUGGACUUGACGGUGGUGACGUACGAGCCUGAAGUAAUCCAAGCUCCUCAUCUGGCUGGAUUAUUACUGAAGCUAUUUGUUAAAUUAGUUGAAGCACCAUUGAUCGGCCCUUUAAUCGUAUCUUACUUGAAGAAGCAGAAUAAAAUGUUCGGGAUGUUGCACAAUAGUGUGAUACCAGAGACACCCAUGUACAAACCUGAAUUUCCUACACAAGAACCAGAGCCUGGUGUUGUUGGUUUGGAGGAAGACGGAAAACCUGAAGACAGAGUUGAAUUUGCUUUGAAGUGUCUCCCACACUAUGAUGCUGGUAUCUGUUGGACUGGUGAUUCAACCCCAUCCUUUCGCUAUUGGAAGAUACGUGAUUAUGCAUACGCUUAUCGAUCUGGGCUUGCAAACCCAUCCAUGGUAGCGGAGCGCUUCAUCACAGCCAUGGAGGAAUUCAGCAGAAAGAAGCUCCCAACACCUUUGUUGAUUUCUUUUGAUGCUGAGGAACUAAGAAAGCAAGCUGCAGCAUCUACACAAAGGUUUAAGGAAGGAAAUCCAUUGUCAAUCUUGGAUGGGAUUUUUAUGGCAAUUAAGGACGAUAUAGACUGCUAUCCCCAUCCGUCGAAAGGUGCAACGACAUGGUUUCAUGAGGUCCGCCCUGUUAGAAAGGACGCCGUUUGUGUAUCAAGGUUACGUAGCUGUGGCGUAAUUUUUGUUGGGAAGGCAAAUAUGCAUGAAAUGGGCUUGGGAACAACUGGAAAUAAUCCAAACUACGGAACACCAAGAAACCCACAUGCUUCAGAUAGGUAUACAGGAGGAUCUUCGUCCGGCCCAGCUGCAAUUGUGGCUUCUGGACUUUGUUCAGCUGCAUUAGGAACAGAUGGUGGAGGUUCAGUUCGUAUUCCGUCUUCUUUAUGCGGGGUAGUGGGCUUGAAAACAACGUAUGGACGGACUGACACGAAAGGGUCAUUGUGCGAUGCAGGGACUGUGGAAAUUAUCGGGCCAAUUGCAGCAAACGUGGAGGAUUUGAUGCUUAUAUAUGCUGCAAUUUUGGGCUCCUCUCCUUCUGAUAGAAUCAGUUUAAGAUCGUCCCUUCCUUGUUUGCCCUCUUUAUCCUCAUCCGAGAGCUCCAAUGCUUUGGGAUCCCUGCGACUUGGGAAGUAUACAGAGUGGUUUAAUGAUGUAUUCUCAACUGAUAUAUCCCAAAAGUGUGACAACAUUCUGAAUUUGCUAUUGGAAAAGCAUGGGUGCAAAACAUUAGAGAUUGCAAUACCUGAGCUGCUUGAGAUGCGCAUGGCUCAUCUUGUUUCAAUUGGUUCUGAAUCGCUAUGCAAGUUAAAACCUGAUUAUGAGGAUGGGAAAGACGUGAAACUUACUUAUGACACUCGCAUUAAUCUGGUCCUUUUCCAGUCAUUCACAGCUUCAGACUAUGUUGCUGCUCAGCGUCUCCGACGAAGGCUGAUGUACCACCACAUGGAGAUCUUAAAGAAGGUUGAUGUCAUAGUGACCCCAACAACUGGCAUGACAGCACCUGUAAUACCUCGUAAUGCUCUCAAAGUUGGGGAAACAGAUUUGCAGGUUACAGGUAAUCUCAUGCGAUUCAUCAUAGCGCCAAAUCUUCUUGGACUCCCAGCCAUUUCUGUCCCUGUCGGGUACGAUAACCAAGGACUGCCAAUAGGUUUACAACUGAUAGGCCGUCCAUGGGCUGAAGCUUCCAUUUUGCGUCUGGCAGCUGCAGUAGAGGAUCUGUGUCCCGAGCCGAAGAAAAAGCCUUUGUCAUUUUAUGACAUGCUAAAGGGCAACUGAGAAACCAGGGUUCCGUUUCACUCUCCUCGAGCUUUAUUCGCUCCAGAAGCUCCGGAGAACGUCGAAAGCAUCUGAGCCUAUUCACAAUGCAGUGACCUUUAAUUCAUAUUGUAUUAUUGUUACGUUUUCCAUUUUCCGACCAAUAAUGGUAAAAACUUUGUAAGAUGAACAACAAAGUACAAACAGAGAUACAAAAGUAGACAUAAGCAGGCCUUAACAGGCUUAUUUCGUCAAGGAUUUGAGUUUGGAAUUCAAA